CUUUUUGCAACACCCCAAUCCGCCUCCCUGUACUGAUCAACAUUCUUCAGUACUUUGCCGAUUCGCUUUGCGCAAAUCCUGAACCGUGGUGCUGGAUUGAUCUUACUUUGCAACACUACCAUAGCUUCUUACGCUCGUACGUCAUCGCGAUCGGUGCAUGUGAGCUGCUUUGAACAGAUUCCCAACACCACACACUCCUUGCCUGAUAACCUGCUGUUGCGCGCAAAACACCUUCAAGAGUUCUGAAGCAUACGACGACACGAAACGCCAUCAUGUCCGACUACGAAGGAUUAGAAUAUCUUCAGCCGGGCUUCGACCUUACCACUCUGACCGUUCCACGGCUUCGAUCGAUUCUCGUAUCUCACGACGUCAACUACCCGUCUGCCGCAAAGAAAGGUCAACUUAUACAGAUAUUCAAUGAGGACCUUCUUCCACAAUCGAAGAGAAUUCUAGCAGUACGAGCGCGUGCGAGAAGGACUAGCAUGGGCAUAAUAAACGCAACGGAUUCACAGGAGACCACCACUGGGUCAGAAUCGACAGAGGAGACAGACGAGCAGGAGAAAGUUCCGUUGCCAGUUCUACGAACAUCCAGAAGACAGUCUUCUGCGAGACCACGGUCCGAGGAUAUUGAACGCGAAUAUCCUUCCCGCGUAACCAGAAGCCGUAGUCCGACAAAGCGGGUUCCAAGACCCAGCACGAAGCAUGCUCGAGCAUCAGAUAACGAAAAUAGUACGGAUGCUGAGCUUCAGAGAACUGCCAGAAAGUCAAGGAGAAGUGCAACUCCUGGUGCUGCUAGUGCUGCACCCUCCCGAAAAAUCAAAUCCGAAUAUUCCGACGAGGAAACUGGAGAUUCGCGGCGACGAGAGAGUGCCUUUACGUAUGACAAUCCUUUCCAAAGCGGCAGUUCUCCUUUAUCUGACUCCAAACCAAGUGGGGACAGAAGAAGAACUGUUGGCAUUAGCAGCACAAGUCGCAAGAUUACACCUGCGAAUAGAAGGCGCACUGCUGGACCAAAGAUUGACGAUGGAAUCUAUCCUCCGAAAGCCGCCGUCUUCACCCCUCCAGUCACCGAUUACGAUGAUGGUUUGGUAGAUAUUGAUGAUAAUGGCGUGGAAGCUAGUGAGGAGUUUACACCGGAGGAGCAGCUUGAGAUUGAGCAAGAGCAGUCCGCCAAAGGAGUUCACGCGCUAGGACCACGCAGAACUCGUAGACCAGAAGGGGGGUUCAAUCUCACUGGACCAAUCUGGGUCAUUCUCAUCACUCUUCUAGGUGGCUAUGCUAUGUGGUAUAGACAAGAAAAGGUUGCGGUUGGAUACUGUGGCGUGGGAAGAAAUGCAAUAAAAAGAUUCCCAGAUGGUGUCGAGGUUCCAGACUGGCUUCAAGUUCUAGUCGAACCAGAAUGCGAACCUUGCCCCCAACAUGCAUACUGCUCAGGACACCUUCACACAGAUUGUGAGGCUGAUUUUGUAUUGAAGUCACACCCACUUUCUCUUGGGGGUAUUGUUCCUCUCCCACCAACUUGCGAGCCUGAUGGAGAUAAGGUUCGUCGGGUCAAAGCAGUGGCUGAUCGUGCUGUGGAAGAGUUGAGAGAACGCAAAGCCAAAUAUGAGUGCGGCGGUCUUAUCAACGAAGCAGGGCUUCCUGAGCCCACUAUUGGAAUUGGUGCUGAGGAGUUGAAGAAAGAAGUCAGCAAGAAGCGAAGAAAGGGCAUGGCAGCAGAGGAAUUUGAAGAGCUAUGGAUUGGUGCAAUUGGAGAAAUCGAGGGAAGGGACGAAGUUAUUAGUGUUUCUGAUGGGUGAGUUUCUCCGUUCCUUUUUUUGUCUAUUCGCUGCACUUUCCUCUCCUAACUGUCAACCAACACACUUUCUGACAACAACGUACUAACCAGGUAUUUAAUCCCCUCCACAGAAACGGAAAAAUCCUCAGUACCACAUCUCUCGCCCGUCUCCCCAUCACCUGCGCCUUCAAGCGAUCCUUCCGAAACGCUUUGGCAAGAUAUCGUAUCCAAAUUGGAUCUCUAAUCUUCCUGGCAUCCGUGAUACUCUAUAUUCGCCAAUAUCUCCGUUCCCGCGCAGCUGUGAAUUCAACAGUGCCAAAGCUCGUUUCCUUGACCCUUGAAAGACUCGCUUCCCAAGCCAGUCUUCAUGCUCAAGACAGCGACGCGUUUCCGGAGAAUUGGAUCAGUAUCGGCCAAUUGAGAGAUGAUGUCCUGCGAGACCAGCAUAGUCUCGCGAAGAGAGAAGCGGUUUGGACGAAAGUCCGCAAGGUUGUGGAAAUGAACUCCAAUGUUCGCUCUUCACAACGCGAGAGUCGCAGUGGUGAGAUUAGUCGGGUAUGGGAGUGGAUCGGUGCCGUUAGCGGGCCAGCAAGCGGGGAGAGACGAAAAUCGGGGAGGGCCUCGUAUGGGGCUUACGAUACCGCGGAUGAGAGUUCUGAUGUCCCGGCGUCAAAGUGGCAGGAGGGGAGGCCGAUCUAUUGAUUCUUUACUACUCGCUUAUUUCCUUUUUGUCUUUGGGGGUUACCAACGGCUCUCUUAUGUUCCUUUUUUUCUUGUGUAGAUCUAUGAGGGGCUAGGGGGUGUUGGUUGCGCUUUUUACGUGCUUGCUUGUUUUGCGUUUAUGAUGGGAUUACGUAUGGAUGGGUGGGCUUUGGAUGAAUAAUACCAGUAAUUAGUUCGUUUACGUAAUACCGAUAAAUUUUCA